AUGGAUGGAGUGCACCAGGAAACAUCUAGUUCUUCUCUCGACCUGAUCAUCCUCAAAGAAGUCCUAAACUUUUUUCAAACCAAGAUUUUGCAAAAUGAGAAUAUCAAUACCGUCCUGGCAUCGAUGGAUGGAGAGCAGGCUUUGGACCAUAGCAUCCUGCGCACAUACUUCAAAGCGUGUGCCUUGACCAAAGAGAGAUCCAGCCCUGGAUCUAGCCACUUCCUCACGCAGGCGCAGAGCGGCAACGCAAAGCUUUUUGCUCUCUUCAAUGGCCAAGGCGUUGAGAACUACUUUGAUGAGCUCGCUGAAGCCUACAACAUCUAUGAAGAUCAUCUUGAGACACUGAUUCGCCUUAUCUCCGAGAGUCUCACUCGCCUGGCCGCGGAUGAUCGAGUGAAAGAUCUCUUCUCUCAUGGCUUGACGGUUUUGCAGUGGCUGAAGCAUCCCGACUCUCGUCCAGAUGUUCAUUACCUCACGACCCCUGCCGUCAGUCUGCCUCUGAUUGGACUUCUGCAACUGGUCCACUAUAGCAUUGCGUGCCUUAACCUGAAUGUGUCUCCCGGAGAGUUGCGCCAAUUCCUUUCCGGUGCAGCUGGACACUCGCAGGGAGUCGUUGUGGCAUGCUUCAUUGCCAGUGUCGACUCGCGGGACAGCUUUUACCAGUCGGCGCAGCAGGCUGUGGAGGUUCUUUUCUGGAUUGGAGCUCGCUGUCAGCAAAGCACGCCUUAUAAUCUUCCAUUGUCGUCUCAGGAUGCAUCUUGGUGCAUGCUUAGUGUUAAGGGUCUCUCCCAGCAUACGCUACACGCACACAUCGACAGACUCAACGCCCACCUGCCAGGAUCUGAGCACGUACAUCUGGCCUUGGUAAAUGGGCCUCAUCAGUUGGUCGUUGCAGGACUGCCAAAGUCCUUGCGAGCCCUCGAGAAGGUACUUCAUCUCAAGCGCAGCGGCAACACGGCGUCUCCUAGUCAAUCUCGAAUUCCUUAUAGCCAGCGUCCUCCCGUUCUCCACACUCGCCUCCUAUCAAUCGCUGCGCCUUUUCACUCACCCUACCUACAAGCAGCCGAGGAGCUGUUGUUGCAAGAUCUCGCUUCAGUCUCUCUUGAUGGUGCAGACCUGGCUUUUCCCGUGUUUCAUACCGAAACAGCUGAGAAUUUGCAGCAGAGCGCAAAUUUAAUCCCACAGCUGGUGCAGAUGAUCUGUACAGGGCGGGUACAAUGGGAGAAGCUUCUGCAUGAGCGCCUUCCUGGCUUCACUCAUGUUUUGGACUUUGGGCCCGGUGGUGAUGCAGGAAUUGGAAACCUGGUAAAUCAACAGCGAGAUGGGACAGGGCUACGGACCAUCAUUGUUUCAGCUCAUCGCAACCCAAGCAACGCUCUGGGCGGAGCAGGAGACUUGUAUGCGCGCCAUGCUACGAUCACAUAUGGCCCUAUCUGGAACACCGCGCAUUCUCCCCAGCUGGCUCAUUCGCUCUCUGAUUCCCAUGUCCUAGUCACAACUCGAUUCAGCGAAGUUCUUGGACUUCCUCCGGUGAUGGUCGCUGGAAUGACGCCCACCACCACUUCUCCCGACUUUGUGGCUGCAAUCAUGAAUGCUGGAUACCAUGCCGAACUGGCAUGUGGUGGAUUCUCCGACGCCGACAAGAUGCGACAGGGUAUCUUGUCCCUGGCUGCGGCCAUAACCCCAGGUCGCGGUAUCACAUGCAACCUGAUCUAUGCGAAUCCACGGGCAAUGGCAUGGCAAAUCCCGUUGCUUGCCGAACUUCGACAGUCUGGUGUACCCAUCACGGGGUUGACAAUCGGAGCAGGUGUCCCUUCUCCAGAUAUUGUCCAGGGCUAUAUUUCGGAACUCUCCUUGGCGCAUAUUGCUCUCAAGCCCGGUUCAAAGGAAUCUAUCGAUGCGGUCCUUGAAAUUGCUGGCGCCAACCCCGAUUUUCCGAUUGUUUUGCAGUGGACUGGAGGGCGUGGUGGCGGGCAUCACUCCUAUGAGGAUUUCCACGAACCUAUUCUUGACCGAUAUGGUCAGAUUCGCUCCCACCGCAAUGUGAUUCUAGUCGCAGGUAGUGGAUUUGGAAACGGGGAGGGCAGCUACCCGUACCUCACCGGGUCGUGGUCCGAACGCUUUGGACGUCCCCGCAUGCCGUUUGAUGCUGUUCUGCUUGGAAGCCGGGUAAUGGCGUCUCAGGAAGCACAUACAAGUCCUGCGGUCAAGCAGGCUAUUUGUCAAAUCCCUGGAGUGACCGAUGCACACUGGGAGGGGACAUAUACGCAUCCCACGGGAGGCAUUCUAACAGUUCGCUCGGAAAUGGGCGAGCCAAUCCACAAGUUGGCGACACGGGGAGUCAUGCUGUGGGCCGAGCUGGAUAAGGAUAUUUUCAGUCUACCGCGAGAGAAGCAAAAGGAGGCUCUAUUGGCGCGAAAGGAGUACUAUAUCCGGCGUCUCAAUGAUGACUUUCAGAAAGUCUGGUUCGGUUGUAACGCCAAAGGCGAGAUAGUGGAUCUACACGAGAUGACCUACGCCGAAGUCUGGCAACGCCUCGUCAGCCUUCUAUAUCUGAACCAGACUCAGCAAUGGAUCGACCCAUCAUUUCGAACAUUGGUUGCAGAUUUUACCCGCCUUUUGGAGGAGAGGCUUGGGCCUGCUACCCAAAACGCAGAAGCCGCCCUCCGAAGCUUGAAUCAGCUGGAUGAGCCCGAGAAGUUCCAAGCACAUCUCUUCGCACGUUAUCCACAGGCCAAGAUCGAUGUGAUCACUGCUGCAGAUGCCGAGUACUUCAUUUUGCUCUCCCGUCGGCGGGGCCAAAAGCCAGUGCCGUACAUUGUCGCACUCGACGAAGAUCUUGAGUUCUGGUUCAAAAAGGAUUCUUUGUGGCAAUCGGAGCGCCUUGAAGCAGUUCCAGGUCAGGAUGUCGGCCGUGUGUGCAUCUUACACGGACCCGUCGCUGCUCAAUAUACCACGACAGCGAAUGAGCCAGUCCAGAGCAUUCUCGACGGGAUUAACGAGUACUAUAUCCAAGGCCUUCUACGCGAUUGCUAUGGUGGUAGUCUGGAGAAUGUCCCGUCCAAUCUGGAGCCAGAAGAACCCAGCCAGUUGAAGCUGAAUGGAUUUGCUGUGGAACAACUGGAGGAUGAGGACACUGUGAGAUAUUCUGCCGCAGAUCCCAAUUCUCAGCUAUCACCAGAUGAUUGGUUAACAGCCCUCGCUGGGGCAUGCUCUGCCCCCUGGUGCCGUGCUAUUUUCACCGAGCAGGUGGUCAUCCAGGGGACGAAGAUGGUUUCCAACCCCAUCCGUCGACUAUUUAACGUCGCUCGUGGUCGUAUCGUCGAAGUUCGGAAUCCUCAUUCUCCCAAGGGAGCGGAGAUCUUCAUCAAAGAGUUUGGCAGAAGUCUCAUCGCUACUGCAACUGUGCGAAAUGGAUACAACGACGGCGAAAUUAUCCUCACUUUCUGGGAUCACACAGUUGCCAAGCGUGAGGCUGUGCCAUUGGAAUUCCAUUUCGAUUAUAAACCACGGACAGGAGGGCCUAGUAUCAUAGAGAACAUGACUGGCCGAAGCGAACGCAUCAAGCGAUACUACCAGACAAUAUGGGUUGGGAAACAGCCAUCUAUUUCGCCUGCAACCGACGUGGCCUUCCGUGGUGAGGAUGUCGUCCUCACCCGGACCAUGAUCAAGCAAUUUGCUCAGAGCAUCCUCAAUCACAACUCCGCUUACACUUCCACCCCUGAGUCUGUUCCCGCACCUCUUGAUCUGGCAAUCGCAAUUGGUUGGAAACCUCUGAUGAGCUGUCUGUUCACACCGCUCGUGUCCGGAGAUAUGCUGCGGCUGUUGCAUCUAAGCAAUAGCUUUGAGCUUCUUGAUGGUGUCGAAACACUCAGAGAAGGAGACCGCAUCUCCCCAGAGGGGCGUUUGACAGCCAUUCGAAUCAGGAAGGGUUCAGGCAAGGUUGUGGAAGCGGAAGGACUGCUGCGUCGCAAUGGUUCCCCUGUCAUUCGUGUGAGAAGCACGUUCAUUCUGACAGGGGAGUAUACUGACUACGAGAAUACAUUUGCCGUCGAGGAAGAGAGUUUCCGGUUAGCACUCUCAUCGAAGAAGGAUCUUGCUCUCCUGAAAUCGCGGCCGUGGCUCUUCUUGAACGAGCAGGUGGACCUCGACAAAUACCUGGGCAGAACGAUUGAAUUCCAUGUGAGAACCCGCUCUUCAUUUGGAAGCUCAGACACAUACUCUCAUCUCUCGGUGGAGGGACAGGUUGUAUAUGUUGCGGAUAUGGAAUCACCACAGAUACUGGGAACCAUCAGUCUUGCUGGGGACUCAUACACCAAGAGCCCAGUGACGGACUAUCUCCAACGACAUGGAAGUCGCAUUGACAAUUGCCCUCAGACCCUUCCCCAGGCUCAUGUGCUUCUUGAGGAUCUUCACGUUGUGGUCCCUGACUACGCAGAUCAGUACGGCCAGGCUUCGGGAGACUGUAAUCCUAUUCACCUGUCGGAUUUAUUUGCUGGCUUUGCGGGCCACGAUAACCGGGUUACUCAUGGGAUGUUCACGAGCGGGUUGAUCCGUGGUAUUGUCGAGUCGCAUGUGGCGGACAAUGAUCCCUCGCGCAUGAGAUCUUGGUCGUGCAACUUCGAGGGCAAAGUGACCCCCGCCGACCAACUGAGCGUUCGCAUAGAGCAUGUGGGCAUGUCUCAAGGCAAGAUGUUGCUGUCGGUCCAUGUAAAGAAUGCGAAAUCCGGCGUCAAAGUCCUGUCAGCAAAGGCGACUGUUGAUCAGCCGUUGAUGGCAUACGUUUUCACCGGCCAAGGUAGUCAACAGCCCGGGAUGGGAAUGGAACUUGCCAAGCAGAGCCCUAGUGCGGAAGAAGUAUGGAGACGAGCCGAUAAGUACUUCGAGAACACAUACGGCUUCUCUAUCACCCGUAUUGUCCGGGACAAUCCCAAGAGCCUCACGGUGCAUUUCGGAGGCACCCACGGACGAGCGAUUCGGGAUAACUAUAUCUCGCUGACCUUUGACUUGGUGGAUGACAGCGGAGCCGUCACAUCUAGGCGAGUCUUCCCAGAAAUCACGAAGUCCACUCGAUCGUACACCUUCCGGUCAGCCGACGGGCUUCUGCACGAGACACAGUUCACACAGCCCGCGCUCGCCUUGAUGGAGAUUGCCAGAUUUGAAGAUAUGCGCAGCAACGGCGUCGUGCGGGAGGACAGUCUCUUUGCCGGCCACUCGCUCGGCGAAUAUGUGGCUUUGACUGCUAUGGGCCGGUUGUUCUCUAUCGAGGAAGUGGCAUCGCUGGUGUUUUACCGUGGAUUGACCAUGCAGAAUGCAGUGAAGAGAGAUGCCAAUGGAGUCACAGACUACUCCAUGUGUGCUGUCAAUCCCACCAGAGUCUCAAAAAGCUUUGGCGAAAAAGAUCUACACUGGUGUGUAGACGAAAUAGCACGGCAGUCGGGUGGGCUGUUGGAGAUUGUCAACUACAAUGUGGCCAACAUGCAGUAUGUCUGUGCUGGAGAUCUACGUGGCUUGGCGGCACUUGGGUUGCUGAUGGACUCAUUCGCCUCCAAGAAACUUGACAUAUCGAAAGUUGAGGAGGUACAAGACUUCAUCCAGAGGACCCUGUCGGUUCUGAACGCAACGAGCUCAGCACCAGUUCUCCAGAGAGGUCGAGCCACCAUUCCUUUGAAGGUGAAUGUGCCAUUCCACAGCAGCCUUUUGCGGCCAGGUGUGGAUUCGUUCCGGUAUCUCCUUCGAAAUAACAUCUCCGAGUCCAUGCUUGACCCCAGUCGACUAGUCGGCAAAUAUAUCCCUAACCUCACGGCGCAGCCAUUUGAGCUAUCAAGGGAAUAUGUCCAGGGCAUUCAAGCGUUGACCAAAAGUCCGAUUUUGGAAGAUCUUCUGCGCAAUGUGAGUGGCCAUCAAUCAUUACGGCGUCCACAGUUCGAUAAUACUGACAUUUACUGGUAG